AUGUUAUCGUGCUCAUCGCAGAGAAAUGCAAACACAUUAGCAUGUCCCAUCUGUAGAAAAACGACAUGUGUAACGGGUGGCAAAGUAGCAAAUCUCAAAACCAAUGUUCUCGUUAAGUCUCUCGUUGAUGACAUCAGGAACAGUAAACAGCUCUGUGAAAUGUGUGACGCGCAAUCAAGAGCUGUACGUUUCUGCUGCGAUUGUAGUAAGAAUGUGUGUAACGCAUGUCUGCAAAAGCACAACAACUGGUCACCUAAUCUCAAACAUAGGGUGGUGAGCGUCGAAGACAUCAGAGAGGGCAAGGUGGUCCUAAAGAAGAAGGUCUACUGUCAAGAAGAAGUACACGAAUCAGAUGACGAAAAAUAUGCCUGUACCGAUGUAUGCGCCACUUGUAAAAAGUUCAUCUGUAUGAGAUGUAUAUUCUACCACGAUAAGAAAGGCCACACAGUUCAAGAUGCGGGGGAGUACAAUAUUUCCUUCAAAAAGGACAGUGAAUCCCUACAAGCCCGGGGUAAGACAAAAACUACAACUGUCAAGAAUCACAUGACAUGUGUUGAUAAUCAGCUGAAGCGUGUCACUGAUCACAUCGAUGGAGAAAAAGCUAGAAUCAACAAGACAUGCGAAGAAGCUAUCAACAAAAUAAAAGAGAGAAAUGCGAUCUUGAAUAAGCAAUUAGAUACUGAGAAAGAGAAAUUAUGCCAAAGUUUAAAGAAGAUGAAAGUUGCCGAUGAGAGGUUGGUAACGAGUAUUGAGAGUGCGAGUGAAUUAGCGAGUAAUAGUUUGAAAGCCCCACUAGAAGGGGACGUUGUAGCUAUUCGUGAUUCACUGUCUGGUGACCUGAAGAAUGUACUGGAUCAAGAUGAUCCCCAGAAGAAGCUUGCUAAUGAUGUAGCUGACCGUGCAGAGGAACUGACGUUUACACCAAUUAGCCAUCAAGAUCAAUUAUCCAUGGGUAAACUCCGGUUCAUAAAAUGCGAGUCGAAAUGUAAUGUCGCACUCCCCCAAAAAUACAAUAUGAAUGCGAUGGCUGCUACCAAAAAUAGUAGGAUGGCAGUUGGAUACAGCGCAGGUGGAAUCGAUAUCUUCUCUGCUGAUGGUCAGCUGCAGAAGACAGUCCUCAAAGACAUCUCUAUAUUAAAGUUAGGUUUCCUCUCUGAUGGUCGUCGUGUUGUACGAAAUACAAGUAAUGACAUAUCCUUGUACACAUCAGAGUAUGAGAAGCUGGAUGUUACAUUCAACACUCUAGAUAAGAGUGAAGGUGGACGUGGUGGUCUCACGGUAGACAGUAAUGAUCUGAUCUAUCUCGGAUACAGGAUAGCCAGGAAGAUCCAGGUAUUCUCAUCAGCAGGCGGGAAGGCGAUCAGGGAGAUCCCUUGCGAUGGAUAUGAACCUAUACAAAUCACUAGUUAUGGUGAUUCAUUGAUCGUUAAACAUUAUGACAAUGUGAUAAUACGUAUCGAUAGAAAGGGCAAUACAAUGCAUAAAGUAGUCAGUUCGAGUGGUCAUAACCUCAGCGCUAGUGUGACUAAAGGUAAUUCAAUCAUGAUUGCCUCUUUUAGGCACGCAGAAGGGCUGCUCAAUAUCGAUGAGUACACCAAUGACCUGAAGCACGUCAAGACUCUCAUCGUCGAUCACAAGAUUCAGAAGCCUGAGAGAGACUGGUACUACCUUAAGGAGUUCCAGUCAGGAGAGUUAGGCUUCUGUACACCAGAUAGGCUCUACAUAUUCAAACUAUCAACCACCCCAGUUAACCCGUGA